AUGGUUUUAUGCUUAUACUUUCUUGGUCUUGAGGUUACUUCAGGUUCAGAUGGAUAUUAUCUCUCUCAGGCUAAAUAUUCGUCUAACUUGCUUUAUAAAGCAGGCUUGACUGAUAGCAAAACAUGCACUUCUCCACUUGAACCUAAUAUUCGGCUUCUUAUUACUGAUGGUGAAUCUCUUCUAGAUGCUACUCUGUAUAGACAACUGGUCGGUAGUCUCAUUUAUCUCACUGCUAGCCACCCAGACAUUUCCUAUGCGGUUCACUUGGUUAGCCAGUUUAUGAGUGCACCUCGCUCUACUCACUAUGCUGCAGUUCUUCAUAUCUUAUGCUAUGUCAAGGGGACUUUGUUUCAUGGCCUUCACUUUUCUUCGUGCUCAUCUCUUGAGCUCCGCUCUUAUUCUGAUGCUGAUUGUGCCAGUGAUCCUAUCGACCGUUACUCCACCACGGGUUAUUGUUUCUUACUUGGCACCUCUCUCAUUUCUUGGCGUAGUAAUAAGCAGACUGUUGUUGCCUGA